UUUCACUUUUUUUUUCUCUCCUGAAGGAGAGAAGAGAGGGGGGGGAAAGCUGAAGGACAGAUUGUAUGGAAACUGAAUUAGCACUGAGGAAUUUCCUCCACGGGGGGAACAUAUUGAACAACCCUGGAAGCUGUCAGGAAUGCUUUGUGGCUGGCUAAGUGAAGCAGAAAUAUGUUCAUAAUGGAGGCUACUGCCAUACCAAAUAUGGCCAUGGCGUUACGUCUGGAGUCUCCACAUCUGGAAGCUCUUACAGCCUGAGGAGAAAAAGAGCAAAUGCCAGAAAUAGAAGCAGCAAACUUUCUUUUUUUUUUUGGUAACUUUCAGAAACCCCAAACUUUUUUAUGGUACACGGUGCCCUACUUGAACUACUGGUCAAACUUGCAGUAUGAAAACAGCAAAAGGAGAAAUGAGAGUUAAAAAUACCCCCUUAAAAAUAUCAUUCUUCACGGGUUCAAUGCUUAAAUGGUCCCUUGCAUGGUGAAAUGGCUCUUCAGAUGGAGAAUGUGUUGUGUAUGGUUCUACACAGCACCAAAAGGGUUCCUCUGUUGUCAAGCUCGUGACUGUAACAUAACCCUUUUUGGUCCUAUACAGAACUAUUUUCCAAAAAGUUCUACACAGAACCAGAUACAACACAUUCUCCAUCAACCUGAAGAACUAUUUCACCGCAUAGAACCGUUCUCUUUAUUAAAGAACCAUUGAGGAACCAUCUUUUUUUUAGAGUGCAGGGCCGCGAAGACAAACCAAGUAUGUAAACAGUUGUUCUGCGCGCGUUCCCGAGCUCGAGUGCUUGAGGCUGCUGCUCGGGGGCGCGCAUUAGCGUCAAAUUUAGCAUGAGAUACGGAGCCGUGCGGUGUGAAUAAUCACACAUCAUCGCUUUUAAAAUAAAUCCCUGACUGAAACGACGUGCCAUUUCGAUGAGGAAGGGGCUCAGUAAGUCGCCAAAAACUGCUCUCCUUCGGCUAGUCGGAGCUAGCACGACCGACUGGUAAACAUAGCAUGAACGCGCUGACGAGAAAACCGUUAACCGUUAGCUGUGUGUUUAUAUUUAGGCUGAUUGUGAUACGAAAAAGGCUCGUUGGAUUGAAGUUUAGUCACGAAAUGGCGUAUAAAAGUGUUUUCUAGUCGGUGUGGGAUGUUACAGAUACUUUUUCCCCUCAAGUCUCUUCUUGUUGGAAUUUUCCCGUUCCACCUUAAAUGGUGCAGCAGUUACUCGGGCGCCAGAAUGUAACUGCUGCACCAUUUAAGGUGGAACGGGAAAAUUCGAAUGAGAAGCCAAGCUCAGCCUCGUACUUCACGUUAGCAGAGAAAGUAAAGGGGAAAGGAGGGAGGGAAGAAAGAAUGUGUUCGAGAGGAAAAUUCAUUUAAGAUGGAGAAGGAGGAGGAGGAGGAGGCAGGGGGGGAGGAAAGAGAGAGAAAAAGAAAAAGUUAGACAGGGUGGUGCUUAGCUCGGAUGGAAAAUCGCGCCAAGAAACAUUCCUCGCAUAGUUUGGGAACAGUUCAGCAGCGGACGGCGAGCACUACGUCAGCGCGCCCGCUAUAUAAGGGGCGGGAUGGGAGCGCGUUCACAGCACACAGCGAGGCGCGCUCACAGAGAGCAGAGGACCUUCUUCUCCAGCUUUGAACGGCGAGAGAAACGCUCACACACGCCAGGUCAGAGCCUGAAGAGGGACUUUAAGCCCGAGGACGAGAGGAAUUGUUUUGUUUCGAGGAGAAGAGAAAAGCUUGGAAGAAGAAGAAAAAAAAAGAAGAUGGUUCUUUUGUCGGUGGUCGUGAUUCUCAUGGGGAGCUUCAGCAUGGCGCUCAGCGCAUGCCCUCAGGAGUGCCAGUGUUCCCCGGAGCUGCCCAAAUGCACACCAGGCGUCAGCCUCGUCUCCGAUGCCUGCGGGUGCUGCAAAGUAUGCGCGAGGCAGCUCAACGAAGACUGCAGCAAGAUGGAGCCCUGUGACCACACCAAGGGGCUCGAGUGCAACUUCGGGGCUAGUUUCGGGGCGGCCAGAGGCAUCUGCCGAGCCAAGUCUGAAGGCAGACCCUGCGAGUACAACAGCAGGAUCUACCAGAACGGAGAGAGUUUCCAGCCCAACUGUAAACACCAGUGCACAUGCAUUGACGGGGCAGUGGGUUGCAUCCCUCUCUGCCCCCAGGAGCUGUCCCUGCCCACUCUAGGCUGUGCCAACCCUAGGCUUGUCAAAGUUCCAGGCCAGUGCUGCGAGGAGUGGGUCUGCGACGAGCCCUCCGACAAGCUGUUUGGCAAGGAGCCAAUGCCCGACGAGACCGAGAGUGACCUCACCAACAGAAACGAGCUGGUCGCCAACGUGAAGGCUGGCCUCAAGUCUCUUCCCGCGUUCAGAGUCCAGGCCGAGUCCCACAUGUUCGAGAGCCAGAAGUGCAUUGUCCAGACCACGCCCUGGUCACAGUGCUCCAAGUCCUGCGGCACCGGCAUCUCCACCAGAGUCACCAACAACAAUGCUGAGUGCAAGCUGGUCAAGGAGAGCCGAAUCUGCGAGGUCCGCCCCUGCACCCAGUCUCCUUACUCCAGCCUUAAGAAAGGGAAGAAGUGCAACAGAACCAAGAAGUCCGCUCAGCCGGUCAAGUUCACCUACGCCGGCUGCUCCAGCCUGAAGAAGUACCGUCCCAAGUACUGCGGCUCCUGCGUGGACGGCCGCUGCUGCAGCCCCCAGCAGACCCGCACCAUCCGCGUCAAGUUCCGCUGCGAGGACGGCGAGACCUUCAACAAGAACGUGAUGCUGAUCGAGACCUGCAAGUGCACAUUCAACUGCCCCCACGCCAACGAGGCCUCCUACCCCUUCUACCGGCUCUUCAACGACAUCCACAAGUUCAGAGACUGAGCUGGGGGGGAAUCCCAUUGCAGAAUGACGCGACGUCAGCGGUGACGUCGGAACGGCCAAUCACAGCUUGGCUGGGGAUCGGAGGCCCGCCCCCUUCGGCCAGUCGACUACCACCAUUAGAUUCCCACGGAAUCAUGGGCUUUCAUUGAGGAGUUUGGCGAAGUGCACUGCUUGCUGAGGACUUGUCAGCGUUCGAUACUUUCAAGUUAUGAAAGACUCGCUCCACAAUGGAGCAAUAAGUUUUCGUAGCUUCAUUACGGAGCAAAGUCCAUUGGUUGUAAAGUUGUAAAGUCGAGCAAUUUGUAAAAUGUAGUUGUUAAAAAAUGUUUUAUGUAUAUUUUGAUUUUCUAAAUACAAAAUAUGACCCAACUGUAGACUUGUAUGUGUAUAUAUCUACAAAUAUGCAUAUAUAUGCACAUACAUAAAUUGCUUUCAUUUGUAGACCAUGGUCCUGUAAUUUCAUCAGUUUCGCCAUGCUGUGGUUUUUCCGACAAAUAUGUGGUAACAUUCCUUCCUAAUGUGGACAAGUGCGUUCAUAUUGUUCGGCAGCUAUUGAAAACCAACUCCAUCAGAGAAUUAGCAACAAAAUGAGUUGACUUAAAGAAUGAAUGUUUUAUUAUUGUUAUUAAUAUUAUUUAUCAGAAAUGUAGCUACUUUAUUUGAAUAUUGUCAUACUGGAAUAAAGUGUAAAAUGAUCUAAUUUUAUAUGUUACAAAUAAAAAAAGAUUUAUUUAUGA